ACGUAUUAUGUAUUGUGGGUGACCUACAAACAAGCUUAAACACUUUGCAAUUGCCAUCUGUCAACUGUCAAUAAACAGCUGAUCGCUAACCUGUUUGUUGUAAACAAUUUGUUUUGCAUCUAAUGUGAUCAAUUUCUUGCUAAUUAAAAAAAAACACACAAUUUUCAUCAAUGGACCAAAAACUGCCGUCAAACUUCGAUCUAAUCAUCAUCGGUACCGGUUUUAUAGAGUCAGUAAUAUCGGCCGCAGCAAGCCGAAUUGGAAAAUCGGUGCUACAUUUGGACGAGAAUGACUUCUAUGGGGGCCAAUGGGCCUCAUUCAACUUGGAAGCCCUAAAAACGAGUCCCCCCAUUCAUAUUCAAGACUUCGAAAGCAACUUUUGGACUGAAGAUAGUGAAUCUCUACUAAAAAACUCUAGAAAAUUCAACAUAGAUUUAGUACCAAAAGUGCAUUAUGCCCGAGGAGAUUUCGUGGAACUCCUUAUAUCAUCCAACAUUGCCAGGUAUACAGAGUUUCGGAGUGUCAGCAGAAUCUUAACUUCACUUAAUGGACAACUGGAACUAGUGCCUUGUUCCCGUUCUGAUGUUUUUGCUAAUAACAAAGUGUCAGUGAUAGAAAAACGUAUGUUAAUGAAACUGUUAACUUCUUUAGAUGAAGAAGUUGUUAUAAGUGAUCCUAAUCAAACUUUCAAGGAGUUUCUCACAAGUAAAAAAUUAUCAGACAAUUUGGUGCAUUUUGUUUUGUAUGCUAUGGCGAGGAGCACUGAUGUAACUCCGGUUUCGGAGGGCAUAGAAAACACCAAAAGGUUUUUACAAAGCUUAGGCAGGUUUGGGAAAACCCCGUUUUUGUUUUCUAUGUAUGGCAGCGGUGACACUCCACAAGCUUUUUGUAGGUUAAGUGCAGUUUUUGGGGGCACUUUCGCCCUCGAUAUGCCGCAUAGUUUAAAAAUUGAAAACAAUAGAGUUGAGGCUCUGGUUUUAAAAGAUCAAGAGGUUUCGGGGCAACAUUUUGUUUUGGGAGAAGCUGAAUUUCGUAAGGUUAAUAAUAAAGGGGGCAUUUCCAGGGCAGUUUUCAUAACUGAUAAGUCAGUUUUAAGUAGCGAAUCAGAACAUUUAACCCUUUUAGUAUAUCCUCCUGAAAAAGAUAUUGGGUUAGUGACUGUUUUGGAAUUGGGAAGCUUAACAGGGACAUGCCCCAAAGAUGUUUAUUUAGUCCAUAUGAGUUGUAAGCAAAUUACUAAACCCAAAGAGGAUUUUGCCCAUGUAGUUGCAUGUUUGUUUACUGAAGACGAAGGGAGCCCCAAAGUUUUAUGGUCCAGCUACUUCACUUUACCAGAAUCAUCAAAUGAUUUGAUGAGUGACGAGUUCAAAGAGUUUCCUGAAAAUGUGUUUUUAUGCCCUGGGCCUGAUGUAGACCUGGAUUAUGACUCUAGCAUUAAAAAGGCAAAAAUGAUUUUUGAAAGUUUGUAUCCGGGUGAGGAGUUUUUGCCCAGGGCUCCUGAUCCGGAAGAGAUCAUUAUCGGCGAGGAGUGUGUUCAAGGGAGUGUCGAUUUUAAGGAGCAAGAGGACGGGGUAACAGAAAAAGAAGCAGCUCCUAGCGGAGAUUUUUAGAUAUAAGCAUAAAUUAAAUAUUUGCAUUUGUGAUAUAUUAGUUGGUGUACUGUUAUUUAAUAUAGAAUUUAAUGCCUUCUA